AUGCAGUCCUUCCAGGGUUACUCUGCAGAACAGAUCGCAUCCCUCUAUCAGCAGUAUCAUGCAUUGAGUGCUUAUGCUGCCGUACUCCACCAGCCAUACCUUGGCGCGAUCACCAAUCUUGGUGAUUCGUAUCAAAACGCUGCUUCAGAACUUCAGUCGGACGCCAAUCGGCAGAACAUGGUGGACAUUGAGGCAAUGUUACAGCGCCUCAAUCCAAACGCGGAGGAGUAUGUCCCAUCUACUGUGCAGCACAGGCCGACUGCUAUUGUUCGGACUAUUCCGUCCAGAUACGCUUCCUCGAAAAGGAAUUCCAUGAAGAAGCCGCAGAAGGUUCCUGCUUGUGCCGAGCGGUGGCGACGACAGCCUAGAACGUCGCAAAUUUCCACCGAAGAGUCCAUCAAGAGGACCGUUUAUGUCUCUGACAUUGAUCAGCAGGUUACAGAAGAACAGCUUGCUACACUUUUCUUAUCUUGCGGUCAGGUCGUUGAUUGUCGAAUCUGUGGAGACCCCAAUUCUAUCCUUCGAUUCGCUUUUGUGGAAUUCACAAACGAAGAGGGAGCAAAAAAAGCCCUGACUGUGGCAGGAACCAUGCUGGGUUACUACCCACUCCGCGUCUUACCUUCUAAGACUGCCAUUCUGCCAGUCAACCCCAAUUAUCUACCCAAGAGCCAGGGCGAGAAGGAGAUGUGUGCUCGCACUAUCUAUUGCACGAACAUUGAUAAGAAGGUUGCUCAUUCUGAUGUGAAGCUGUUCUUUGAGUCACUCUGUGGAGAGGUUUCACGUCUUCGGUUGCUUGGAGACUCCCAGCAUUCCACAAGGAUUGCCUUUGUCGAGUUUGUGAUGGCGGAGAGUGCAAUGGCUGCUCUGAAUUGCAGUGGAGCUAUAUUGGGUAGCCUGCCAAUCAGGGUCAGUCCCUCCAAGACGCCCUUGAGGCCAAAGGUUGCCUGGGUCUCGUUCUCCGCGCUUAACGUCGGUGUCGCCCAGGCGCAGAUACGUCAGAACAGUGCCGCUUCAGAUUCUUUUGUGACCACUGCGGAUUUGGCAGCCAUGGCGGAGCUUAUAGUCAACAAGCCCACGCUAUCGACGAUGCCGCUAAGCCUUCCGAAUAGGAUUCUCAUGGGUCCUGGCCCGGCGACUCCCCACCCUCGAGUCCUUGCCGCCGCAUCGCUGCCUCUCGUCGGCCACAUGCACCCGGAGUUCCUCACAGUGAUGGACGAGGUGAAGUCAUGGCUGCAGUACACCUUUCAGACGCAGAACCCGUUCACCAUCGCCGUCAGCGGCUCCGGCCACGCCGCCAUGGAGGCUGCCGUCGCCUCUGUGGUGGAGCCUGGCGAUGUGGUGCUGGUGGGUGUGAACGGCAUCUGGGGCGAGCGCAUGACGAUCCUGGCGGCUAGGUACGGCGCUGACGUCCGGAAGAUGGAGGCGGCACCGGGGAAGGUGUUCUCCGUUGCUGACGUGGAGAAGGCUCUGGCGGAUAACCCGGGCGUGAAGGUGGUGUUUGUGGUGCACGGCGAGUCCAGCACGGGGACGCUGCAGCCUCUGGAAGGGUUGGGGGAGCUGUGCCAUAAGAAUGGCGCGCUGCUGUUUGUAGACGCUGUGUGCACACUCGGAGGGAUCCCUCUGCAUGUGGACGCGUGGGGAGUGGACGUAAUCUACAGUGGCUCCCAGAAGUGCCUCUCUGCACCGGUCGCCCCUUCGCCUCUCUCUCUCAGCGAGAGAGCUCGUGCAAAACUCGCCAACCGCUCCACGCCUGUCCAGUCCUACUACUUCGAUAUGAACCUGGUGAGAUUCGAACCCGGAGCACGUAAACGCUUGGUGACGAAUGUUAACGCCAUGAGGGAAGCAUUCGCCAUGCUGGAACUCUUUCCUCACUUUCUCUUUGUGCCGCCUUUCCUUUCCUCCUUCCUCCCCUGCCUCUCCUGCCUCCAACCCCCCCCAGCCUACUGCGUCAGGCCUGGCCUGGUGACAAACGUCAAUGCCAUGAGGGAAGCGCUUGCCAUGCUGGCCGAGGAGGGUCUGGAGAAUGUGUGGCAGCGCCAUCGCAGCCAGGCCGAGCUGCUGUGGGCAGGGCUGCAAGAGCUCGGGCUGGAGCUGUUUGUGGAGGACCAUGGUUCUCGCCUGCCCACUGUGACAACGGUGAAGGUGCCUGAAGGAGUGGAGUGGACUAAAGUCACAGGCCAUCUGAUGUCUAAGUUCAACUUGGAAAUAGCUGGAGGACUUGGUCCUACUGUUGGCAAGGUGUGGCGAAUUGGUCUCAUGGGGAACAAUGCCCGCCCUGCGAAUGUUGCGCUGCUUCUGGAGGCUCUGAAAGAUGCACUCGAGCAUGCAGGCUUCACUCCCAAGAAGGCUUAG